UUCACCGAGACCCCCCACGACAUGACGGCCCAGGCGGGUGAGGACGUGGAGAUGGCGUGCUCCUUCCGAGGCAGCGGCUCCCCCUCCUACUCCCUUGAGAUACAGUGGUGGUAUGUCCGCAACCACAAGGACUGGACAGACAAACAGACAUGGGCUUCCAACCAGCUGAAAGCAUCGCCGCAGGAGGAGCCUGGGAAGGACGCGACAAAAAUAAGUGUGGUGAAGGUGGUCGGCAGCAACAUCUCCCACAAGCUGCGGCUGUCACGGGGGAAGCCGGCGGGCGAGGGGAAAUCGCCCUGGGUGAAGCUGACGAACCCAGGAGACAGCAUGGUCUGGAGGCAGCCAAGUAAAGCAGCACCUGCAGACCGUCUCUGGGGAUGGAGCCUGGAGGACUCGGGAGCUGGAGUACGCUACAGCAGCUUCCAGGUGAGCAGCGAGCCCGUGCCGUGUUCUGGAGGGGAGGCCCUUUGGCAGGGGCAGCAAGCAGACCCCGAGGACUUGUCCUCUGUGCUCGCUGCAUUGCGCUAUACCUGCUCAAGCAAGUGCCAUGGUACCACCACGCUCACACCUAAUGUCACCGCCUGCAUCGUCUGA